ACAAAAAAAAAAUAUGGAAAAUGAUUUGUGUGAGGAGAAAAUUAAAUGUGAACAAGAAUGGAAUUCGGUGGAAUUACCUGAUGAGAUGCCAGAGGAUAGAAGAGAAACUUCAUACACAGAUCUAACUACACACAGACAGACUCAUACAGGAGAGAAACCAUAUCACUGUGAUAUUUGUGGUAAAUCAUUUUUUGAAAGAAGUUCUUUAAAUACUCAUGCGUGUGUCAAUGCAGAAAAGAGAUCAUAUCAGUGUGAUAUCUGUGGUAAAUCAUUCUCUACAGCAAGUCAUUUAACUACACACAAGCGGACUCAUACAGGGGAGAGGCCCUACCCAUGUGAUAUCUGUGGCAAAGCGUUCUCUAAAACUAGCCACUUGAGCAGACACAAAUAUAUUCAUACAGGAGAGAAGCCGUAUGAGUGUGAUAUCUGUGGUAAAUUAUUUACGGUGAUAAGUAAUUGAGUA